AUGGUAAAUCCCCAUCGGUCGUCUUCCGCCAGGUCAGAAAAUUCCGUGAGGACCACCUCUCCGGAUCGACCCUUGUCAGAGCAGUCUUCUUGGGUUGUACCUGACGAUUUAAUAUUGAAUGACGUUCCUGGAUAUAACGUAGGAGCCUCAGCCUCAGCGCUUUUGAUACCCUCGCAUGGUACAGGCUCGCCCUAUCCUUCCAUAUCAGCCUCCCAUCACCAGUCAAAUCAGAAUCGCACCUCACCGGUACAUCGAAAUCGGGCCUAUUCGUCUACUGAUCCCUCAAAGCAUCAAUUUAAUCUUUACAGACCCGGCAACAGAAACUCUGUUGGAGAGCAAAUGCAGAAUUCCUAUCAGCCGAGCCAGCGGCAUGCUUCCGCGUCACAGGCGCUUGACAUGCAGCGACAACAAUAUGUGCCUGGCCCUCCGCCACUUGGCGUGUCAAUUUCCGGUUCUCAAGCACAUCUAAUAUCGCUUCCUCCACCUCCGCCGCGUCCGCCUCCAAAUAAUCCUCAUGGCGUCGUGAUUCCUCCCCCACCGGGUCCGCCGCCAGGCGGGUCAUCCCAUGGCCUUGUGACCGGCUGGCAAUCAAAUUGGCCAAGAGCCCAAAAUUUCCCGCCGCCGCCACCGCCGCCACCUCCUCCGCCUAUGCCGACGCAGGCUUUGCCAUAUAAUCCUAGCCAUCCCUAUCAUGGCCAUCAAGUUACGCCGCUCUCCGUUCCUCCUCCGCCACCCCAUCCAGAGUUACAGCCCAUGACCUCUGCGACCUAUAUUCCUCAUGGAGAGUCUUUUGGUCCUGGGGUCGGUAUUCCUCCACUACAACCGCAAAACCGUACGCAGGCGGAACAGCAACCCCAUUUUAUCAGAGGUGACAUUUCCGACUUGUCCACGAAUUCCGAGACUGCCAGGGCGCCCUUUAACACCCGUCAAGUUGCUGAUUCAGUACCUUCCGGCUCACACCAAGACGCAGGAUUUGCGGAGACUGGUAGUAGGCUUUUACAUGGUGUUCCACAAACCCCGCUAUCGCGUCAUCAUCAUAUGGUCCUCCCGCUUCGUGAUCAGCAGGAUCUCCCCUCACCCGGUUCGCAUACUGCGAUGCUCUACAAUCAGCAACAUCAAAACUCCAAUCCCAACUUGGCAAAUACUCUGAACAACGACACCCAGCUUACCGGCGAUGGCGUACACGAGUCACCGACGCCUAGCGACCCAGCUCCGAAUUGGUCCCUAGAGCGAGUGUUACGAUGGCUGAGUUCCAAUAGUUUCUCCAAAGACUGGCAGGAGACAUUUAAAGAACUGAAUGUUCAUGGCUCUGAUUUCCUCGAGCUGGGCCGAGGCCAUAACGGAAGAGGAAAUUUUGGUAUGAUGCAUCAACUCAUCUAUCCACAAUUAGCGAAGGAAUGUAGCAAGAGUGGUACAGGUUGGGAUCAAGCAAGGGAAAGGGAAGAGGGCAAGAGAAUGAGGCGACUUAUACGCAGGAUAGCGGACACAGGCAGUACAGGCAGCUCCAGGAUUGGUGCUCAUAGACGAGAUUCGUCACAAAUGCUUCAAAGUGCGACCUCGACAGAGGGUGGGGUUGAGGGCUCUCCAAAUUUAAGCCGCCAAGAAGUUUAUGCCACUACCCCAACGACCGCCGGUGGGGAUGAUGAAAGCCCUGGUAGGCAGACGUUUAUGCGACCACCUCCAAUUCCAGGCCUGGGUCCCCGCCGAUUUUCGAAUCAAAGGAGCAGUGCAGUGCCCUCAUUUCCUCAGGCGAUCCCCCGGCCAAGCGGUAGCCCCCAGAGUGGCAGUCCUGGUCCAAAUCAAGUCACUAUGGCCUUCCCUUCCACGCUUAGUACAUCUUCGCCUCACGGCCGUUUCGAGCAUAAUAAAAGUAACAGUGCAGAUUCAAUGGGAGGCAUCAAUAUUCCUUCGACACCAUUUGGCGCGGGAAAUGCUCUGCGCACCGAGGGCUCUGGCGGCUCAGUGCCUGACAUUAAUAAUAAUGCCGCUCAGUAUCAAGAACCGCGGAGGAAGGCUGAGGAUGGCACUCGUCUUCAACAAUUGGAAGUCUAUACUCGACAAUCAAGCAACGAUGCUCCUUCAAGUGCUAGAGACCACGGAAGAGGCUUUUUAGGCAAGUUCAGAAAACGUGGGAAGAAGGAAGAUGGCUUGCAUCCUUCACCUGAAGACCAAGCUCUUGAAUCUCCUACCAGUCCGAUAUAUACCAAGCAAGCCCCACCAAGCUUACCCUACGCUAAGGCUGGGGUGAAUAUUAGUGACUCUUCAUUGGAACGACCUUUGUCUCAAGUCAUCAUGAAUGAUCAUGAGAGAUUGAUCGCCAAUGGUGGACGUAACAGAGCAGUUAUGCGAGGAGUCAAUCCUAAGAAGUAUGUUCUGGCUACGCCAGAUGGUUGGAACUAUCGGUUGGUCGAUGUGACGGAAUUCGACUCCGCGGACGUUCUUCGGAACCAAAUCUGUCUCAAUUUGGGAAUCACCGCGAGUGACUACGCCCAGUUCUAUUUGACGGAAUUUGGGCAGUUAGAUCACGAAGAGCCACUUUCUGAUUCUAUGCUUGUGCUAUCUCGACGAACAAAAGCAGAUGCAAAUGCUGGAUUGAGACUUUUGGUCCGGUCACAUUCGCCAUUUCCAGAUAGUUCAUCUGCUCCUAGCUCUACAGGCCUCGGCAUUGGACUGCCGACCAAAGCGAUACUUUCACCUCCAAUUUCAACCUCCAUAUUACCAGAAAAGUCAGCGGAAGACCCAUCUUCUAAUCGUCAUGCCUUCUUCCAGUCUAAAUUCGCAAAUAGCCAAACAAACGAUUUGCGACCUGCUGGGUUGCAGCUUCAUCGGAAGGAGGAAAAAGACAACCCCAGUAACUACAAAUCGUCCCCUCAUGCUGCUUCGCCAGAUCUUUCGAGAGACCGCCCUCACCUCUCUGGCCCGCUCACUGAGGGUGGCAAUUACCUUAGUGGAACCGAUAGCACCGAAGCACAGAAGGCAGCAUCACUGGAAGUGGCUGUCGAAGAGCAUCGUCGAGAGAACGAAAGAAAGCAAAAGGCUUACCUACUAGCUAAACAGCAGCGUUUCAAGGAUUCGCACGCUACUGACAGCUCUACUGGUUAUAGCAUACGGAGGGACGGGGUCAUUGAUUUUGACGUACCUCGCAACUCGCCUUUUGAAGACAAGAGGCAGGAUGCCUGGGUCCCCCUCAGGAAGCCUCCUCCUGCCCCUUCUGAGUCAAACACCCUCAUCAAGGCAAACUCCCUUAGUCGACGACCUGUGGAUCGAACAAAAUCGUUCCAGGUGAUUUCGUCCACCGACGAUACGCCCCAGAGGUCUGGCGCACCGCCUGGAUUAGAGGCUGGCGAGCAUACGCGACGCAAGCCAGUAGGAAGUUCGGCGUCGUUUGGGAUCCACACAUAUUCUAGUGCUGGUGACACAUCUCUUCAAGUGCGCAAUCCAGUUCCAACAUCAGAGCAAUGGCAUCCACGAGAUGCUAUCGAACCUCAAAGACAAGCCGAACAUGCCAACUAUAUAUCUCAACAGUCGCCUACGAAUCCCGCCGCAGCGAAGUCUUUUCAGCUUGCAGACAUGAGCUCACAGCCCAAUCGUGUUCCAAUGGUCGGCAAUGUAGGAAACAUCCCGUCGCGUGCCCCCUCUCUGGAAUCUCGUGGAGCAAGGCCAGAAUUCCUUGAGCCAGAGAUCACAUUUUCUAAAUCGCCAGACAUACCGCAGCAAAGCCCAGAUGAGGAUUCUGAUGACGGGCUUUUCGCUAUACCGCUAUCAAAGAGGAAGGAAGGCUCCGGAAACGAUGUCAAUUCCUCUCUACCCCCUGAGCGGAUCGAUACUGACGCCACACGUAAAGAUGAGCGUCCUACCUUAACGUUAAACACUAGACGUUCAAAGAAGGGCUUAUCUGUCUCCUUCGCAUCUCCUCAAGCUUCGGCAGUCAGUGCUAGUACUUCAGCCAGCCCCUUCGGAGCAGCUUCCCCGGCACCUCCCCAGGAAGAUAGGACCAACCUGCCGACUAGAAUCGAUAGGCAUCACCCGGAAUCGGCAAAUUCAAGCACUUGGUCCGCACAGUCUCCCGAAGAGAUGACAAGACUUUUGCGUCGGGAGUCUUUCGCACGGGAUGAUCUAUGGGCGAGCAGACCUCCUACAGAAGCCCUGAUUGAUCACUUGGAUGACUUCUUCCCGAAUCUAGACCUUGAUCAGCCAGUUGUAGAAGAACAGGCCAACUCUCCGCCAACGUCACCAGUUCCGGCCUUAGACAAGGGCAUUGAGUCAGACCUGCCUCUUGCAAAGCCUUUAACAAGCCAAAGUCAUGCAAAUCCAAGUGCACAAGGCCCAUUUGGUAUUACGGGUCCCAGGCAUGCCGAGACCAUUCGUGAACCCGCGCCAUCCCAGACCAGUCAAAAAGAAAUUUCGGCCCAAAGUAUUGCUCAGCGUCAAAUAAGAAAUGCGGGCGGAUUGGGACGAAUGAAGUCGAUUCGUGAGGUUGCCAAGGGUGCUCACGAAGCAAAUCGCAAACGAUACACUGCUCCAUCGCAAAAGUCGGGUGACAUCAUUCGGCGAAAAAGCACGAAAAUGUUUGGUGCCAAUAUUGUGCAGAUUAAACCCACAAGGGGUAAUCGAGUUGGAAAGGUAGAGGCACUUGCACACGAUUCUCUCCCAAAGCGCCAACCGACUUUUAAGUGGUUCAAGGGUCAAUUGAUUGGUAAAGGAACAUACGGUCGUGUUUAUCUUGGAAUGAAUGCCACGACAGGGGAGUUCUUAGCCGUCAAACAGGUCGAAGUUAACAGCAAGGCAGCCGGACAGGACAAAGACCGCAUCAAAGAAAUGGUGGCUGCCCUUGACCAAGAAAUUGACACGAUGCAACACCUGGACCACGUAAACAUCGUGCAGUAUCUUGGAUGUGAAAGAAAGGAAUAUUCUAUUUCGAUCUUCCUAGAAUAUAUAUCUGGUGGGUCAAUUGGCAGCUGUCUUCGGAAACACGGGAAGUUCGAAGAAAGUGUGGUCAGGUCGCUCACACGACAGACCCUUGACGGACUCGCUUAUUUACACAGAGAAGGAAUUCUUCAUCGAGACUUGAAAGCAGACAACAUUCUUCUGGACAUCGAUGGUACUUGCAAAAUCUCGGAUUUCGGAAUAUCGAAGAAAACAGAUAAUAUUUACGGAAAUGACGUCACAAACUCCAUGCAGGGCUCAGUAUUCUGGAUGGCUCCAGAAGUCAUACGCUCACAAGGUCAGGGCUACUCUGCUAAGGUCGACAUUUGGUCACUAGGCUGCGUCGUGUUGGAGAUGUUCGCUGGUCGACGACCCUGGAGUAAGGAAGAAGCUAUUGGAGCCAUUUAUAAACUAGGCAGUCUGAAUCUUGCCCCUCCCAUCCCAGAGGACGUUUCAGUCACAAUCAGUCCCGAGUCUUUGGCCUUUAUGUACGACUGCUUUACGAUCGACCCAUCUGAACGGCCCACCGCAGAGACUUUACUUUCGCAGCAUCCUUUCUGCAACCCAGAUCUGCAUUAUGACUUUUUCACAACAGAGCUCUAUGCAAAAAUUCGCGGCGCAUUUUGA